UCCAGCUCCUCCUGGACCUAUGCCUUCAGUGUUUGACAAAGCACCUUUCCAGAUAUGCUGCAGAUAUUAAGUCAUUGCCACCCAACAUAAAGGAUAAACUGAUUAAAUUAAUGAGUAGGCAAGGGCAAAUAACUGAUUCAAAUAUCAGUGAGGUAUUGCACCCUGCUGUGGAGUCUCUAGACCUCCGAGACUGUGAUAUUUCAGAUAAUGCAUUAUUGCAGCUUUAUAACUGCAAGCAACUGAAAAAAAUCAACUUAAAUUCCUGCAAAGAAAACAGACUGGGAAUCACUUCAGAAGGUGUCAUAGCGCUGGCCUUAUCCUGUCCUUACUUGCGUGAAGCGUCUUUUAAAAGGUGCUGCGAUAUAACUGACAGUGGAGUUCUUGCUCUUGCGCUCAACUGCCAGUUCCUACAAAUAGUGAACUUGGGCAGCUGUUCAGGCAUCAUGGAUGCAUCUCUGCAGGCACUAGGAGAAAACUGCAAAUUUCUUCACAGCGUGGACUUUUCAUCUACUCAGGUAACAGAUGAUGGCGUCACAGCACUAGUGAGUGGAACAUGUUCAAAGAAUUUAAAGGAGAUCCACAUGGAACGCUGUGUGAAUCUGACCGAUGUUGCUGUGGAAGCGGUCCUUACUUGUUGUCCGAAGAUACACAUUUUUCUGUUCCAUGGAUGCCCAUUGGUGACAGAUCGUUCCCGAGAUGUUUUAGAGCAGCUGGUCAUAUCAAACAAAAUCAAGCAAGUAACAUGGACUGUUUACUGAUUAUUUAUUGUGUACGUAUGAGUGUAAAGUUUACAGAUGGGAGAGCUCUUUCAGAAAACAAGCACCUUCGAAAAAUAGCUGGUGACUUUUGUACUACCACAUUGCUUCCCUCCUUGUUCCCACCAGAGGUCUCCAUCGCCAUUCCAGUCCUUGUCUGUGAGUCUGGGCUUCCCCAUUGUCUCUACUUAGAGCCCUGUCUCUCUUUGCAUCGCUGAUCAUACUUCGUUAAGAGGAAAGUUAAACUAUAAUUAAUAUCACACUGUCAUCGCUCAGCCUCCUUGAAGUGUCAGAUUUGGCUACUACUUACCGUCUUAUAGCAUCUUAGCUACACAUACAAACCCAAUUUAAGUAAGUCUCUGUUCUGAGGUUGUAGUCUGAGAGAGUAGUUGCAACUAGAAGUACCAACCCCAAACAUAGUAUUAACACUUACGCAGAAUGUCUGUGAAGUUGGGACUUCAACCUGACAAAAGUCAACAGACAGAACUGGUGAAUGGAGGUGGCAUUAACAGCAAUGCAAAUGUAUUUUAAGUAGGAACAGUCAGUCUCCUUUCACCAUGUACUUUUGCUAGGUCUGGAAGAAAAACUGUAGGUACCUUUUCUUUUGAUGUUACCGAUACUGCAGGUUUUGUUUUUAUUUACCAUCAAAUACUUGCUGGAUUUUUACACAUCCGAAAGUACGGUCUGUUAACAUGUGAACAUAAACUUGCUUUGAAAUUGUUGUGAUGAUUUAACAAAUUUAGAGUAGUACCUAUGACCAAUAAAAGAAUCUUGUAUAUGGGCAAAUAGUUAUUUGCUCUGGCUUUUACCUAUGUUCCUGCAUGAAAAUUCUUUUAGGGAACAAAACGUCGGUCCUCAUAAGCGUAGCUGUGAGUGAAAUUGAACCAAAUUUAGUGUCUGAGUACAUGAAUCUCAGGAUGGUAGAGUUCAGCAGAGUAUGUGUUCCGCUGUAUGCGGUUUGUUACAUCUCCAGUGGCCUCCAGAAGCUGAUAAUAACAACCAUUUAUAUAUUGUUCAAUUGUAGUCAUACUAAAGAAAAAAAAUAAUUAGAAGUAUACAACGAGUUUAUUACAUGAUGGAGCAGUGGUUUCAUCACAAUUAUAAGUCAUGCUCAUUGACUUUCUUGAAACAGCAUAACCUCUAGUGGGACUUCUAUGAUUUUUGCAUUAAACUUUUUUAAGUGCUAGCAAUUUUAGCAUUAUACAAGGCAGGUAGCACACUAUGUUGAUACUCUGCAUCUGGAAGUAGCAGGGUUUAGCUAGGGUGGUCUUACAUGGAUCUGAUGACAUUUAGAAACCCAUGAGUUUAGGCAACCAUAACGAAUAUGUUUACUUUAUAAUUUAACGCUUGUCGUAGCCACACUCAUUUUAAGUGUUGCAGAAAUAAACCAGUCUUCUACUAAUCUAUUUAAAGUUCAGGUCAAAUUGCAUGGAAGAUAAUAAUUUAAGAUAUGUUGCAUCCAGUAAUAUCAAAGGAUAUUAUGAUGUCUGACAAUAA